AUUGGAGGAGGCACGGACCUCCCUUCCCUCAGUCGGAGUGCAGAGCCAUGGAGAACCCACUGCUCCUGCUCUGUGUCCUGCUGCCUGCUCUGGCCAGUGGUCAGCAGUCCGUCAACAGCACCAGGCCACUCUUCCCCUGUGGGGGGCAGUUAACGGGUGACCAGGGACACGUGGCCAGUGAAUCGUUCCCCGCACCCUACCCACCCAACAAGAAAUGCUCCUGGACCAUCAGGGUCUCCCCGGGCAGGGUGAUCAUCCUCUCGUUCCGACACAUGGACCUGGAGUCGGACCCAAUCUGUCGUUACGACCACGUCAGCGUUUACAACGGGGACUCGCCGUCAGCCGAGAGACUCGGCCGUUUCUGUGGGACCAUCCGGCCUGGUGCCCUCAUCUCCACCGGGAACACCCUCCUCAUCCAGAUGGAGUCUGAUGAGGAUUCGGCCGGGAGAGGCUUCCUCGCCCUCUAUACAGCUGGACUACCGCCUGCGCAGGGAAAUCAGUUCUGUGGGGGGAAGCUGGUGAAACCCCAGGGCUCCUUCAAAACCCCCAACUGGCCGGAGAAAGCCUAUCCCACCGGCAUCACCUGUACGUGGCACAUUGUCGCACGGCCUCAUGAGUACAUUGAGCUGCAGUUUGAGAAGUUCGGAGUGGAAGGAGACACUUACUGCCGCUAUGAUUACGUUGCUGUCUUCAACGGAGGGAGAAAGGAGGAGGGGCAGCGCGUCGGCAAGUUCUGCGGAGACACCCCGCCUGGUGCCAUCGUCUCCGAGGGUAAUGAGCUGCUGGUACAGUUCGUGUCUGACCUCAGUGUCACUGCUGAUGGGUUUUUGGCAACAUACGACGUCAAGCAGAGGAAGGGUGUAGCGGUACAACCAGAGCCGACUAUUGCACCCACCACCACCACCACCAGGGCACCCAGGGUACCCAGGCCACCCAGGCCACCCAGGCCACAAGGCCGACCCUUGCCCCCCAUCUGCCAGACCAAGUGUGGGCGCAAAGGGACCCUGCCGAGCAACUUCUGCGCCAGUGACUUCGUGAUCUCGGGAAAGGUACUGAGCCUCAGCCCCCAGGGACAGGUCACCGUCUCCAUCAUCCACACCUACAAAGCGGGGAACCUGGCGACACGAGAAGUGGGAGGGGAGACCCUUGCCAAGAUGCUGGUGGUCUGCAGGAGAUGCCCCAACCUGAGGAAAGGUACCAGGUAUACACUGAUGGGCCCCGUGGACCCCCAGGGCCGAGGACGGAUCCUACCCACCAGCUUCUUCCUCAUCUACAAACCGCAGCAGCACCAGGUGCUGACCAAGCUCACCAAGCGCAGGUGCUGAGGGGGCAGGAGGGGGGUGCUGGCAGCUGCUGGAACCAACCCCAUCCCAAUCCCCUGCCCCACCCUCACCCCCAUCCGUCCCCCCACCCCAAUCCCGUCCCUCACCCCCAUCAUCCCCAACUCCACCCCAAUCCUGUCCCUCACCCCCAUCCUCACCCCAAUCCCAACCCCCUCCCCCACCUCCACCCCCACCCCAAACCCCUCAUCACCCCAGUCUCCACCCCAACCCCCUCCCCCACCCUCACCCCCUCGGUCCCCACCCCACCGAGUCCAGCGCUCUCAUUAGGACAUCU